GCAUGGGGGCUUCGGCCCGCAGUUUGCUGGAUGCAAAGUUUGCAAGCACAAAAUCCAGGUUCAGAUGCUGGGCUCCACCUCUCCCUUGCUCGAAUUCUGGGACCAGAGAAGCUUAACCAGCUUGAAAAGCUCCAAGGUGCUUCUGAUUAUGCGCUUGAGGAAGCCAAGCAUUUGGUCUUUGGACAGGUUCGUGAGAUUGUAGAAUCACUUCAAGCUCAACUUCGCGAGAGCGAGCCGCUUGUUGCCGACCUUCAGGAAAAGGCUGACAGCUUGGAGGAGAAGCGUGUGCUUCUUGAGCGGAAAGUUGCUCGUGCAGAACGGGAUAGGGACAUUGCUGAACGGGAUUGUGCGGACAUGGAGGCCAAAGUAAAGCAGUUUCGUGAAGAGGGUGCUCCGGUCAUCGCGCGCUUCAUGGAGGCAGAGGUUUUGCGCACCCAGAUUCAGGCCUGUAGUGAAGACUUGGUGAGAUUGCAGCAGGACUUGGCUGCAUGCAAGCAGGAACUUGAAGAAGGCUUGCCAAAACUUUCCGAGUUUGAAGACGACGAGGCGGAGUGUGCUGGAGCCAUUGCGCAGUUGGAAGCUUCGCACACUGAAGAGGUCGCUCUUCUGAAGGCUUUGCACACCGAGGAGUUGGAGGAGUUGAGAUGCGGACAUGCUUUGAAGGUCGCUGAGCUCGAGCGGUCCAAGGCAGAGCAGAUUGAUGAGCUGAAGCGCGUUGGAACGGAGGAAAUUGAUCAGUUGAGAUCAGCCUUGGGAGCUGCAAGGUGGCAGGCAGAUGUUUACGUGCGAGAGCAUCAGGACGCUGUGCGAGAAAUUUGCCUCAGGCAAAGGGAGAAUGCACGCUUGGCCAAGAAGCACGGCGAAGCUCGCCAAGAAGCAUUGGAAUUGGCAGUCCGCUUGGAGGCCCUACGAGCAGCUGAGGCAGGGGCUCCUGCCAGGGAAGCGGAACUGCAAGCUGUCCGACAACGCUAUGUACUGCUGCAACAGACGGCAGCUGAAUGGCGGGAGGCUUUGGUGCGUAAGCAAGGCGAUUGUGAAGUUUGGAGAAGACGUGCGGAGUCAAAAGGAGUUCCAACUCGUCGGGAGGACAUGGAGUUGCAGGCUGAAAUUCGGUCGGUGACUUCUAGUCCUGGUAGCCACUUGGGCAAAGCUGUGGGCUACCGCGCGGAGGGCAGUGGCAACAAGAUGGCUGCACGAUUUGCAAGUCCUUUCACAGACAAGAGUGAAUUUUCAGAAGGUGCACGCCAGAUACGGCCCUGGUCGGAUGUGUCAACAAUCAAGACUCCGACAAGGAUGCCCCUGGAGUCACGGCAGAGGCAAGGACGCUCUGUGGAGUCUGCCAGGAUGUUAUCAACUUGGUCGCGACCAGGCGCGAUUUCGCUGUCCACUCCGACGGACUCUCAGAGGAGUUUCACUGGCUCUCAGUCUUCCCACCCUGCAGGGGAGUUUGUCAACGUGGUGCUGAAGGCGGCCAAGCUCAGGGUGGAGGCUGAGACUGCUGCGAGGGAAGGCUAUGUGAAGCCUCGGGAAAGAACCAUCAUAGAGGCUGAACAUGAAGUAGAGAUGUUGGCAUUUCUGAUGGAGGAGAAUGACUCCUCAGAAGCAGAAGUCCUUCUUGAGAUGGAGGCACAGGUGCAUGAAACGUCAUCUCCAGCUGUGGCUGCACGUUUGCGGGCACAAAUUUCUGAGCUGCAGUGCAGAAGGCCUCGCUCUUUGAGCCCUCCUGAACUCACUGCUUGAUGCAAUGCCAAGCAAUGCCAAUGCCCAAAGUGCGAAACAUUAAUUGGCACGUUCUUUUAUUCUUGAGCUAUUGAAGUUCUUACUUCAAAUAGGGUGCCUGUGUGCGAAUGGAACCUGGGCGGGUGCCGCCGCCAGAUGUGUAUGGCCAUGU